GUUGCGGCUUCUAGAUUUGUAAAAAAAUAUUUUAAUUGUGGCAAUGUAUUUAAGAUAAUUUGUUUUGGAACAAUUCUGCAAAAUGUCUUCAGAGUUUGAAAAAGAAUUUUUUGUUUCAAUGCUCUUGUAACAAUAUAAAUGACAACUAAAAUGCGUUUUUAUCAUGAGAGGUACAAGGGGAGGUGAAGCUAAUAUAGUUUGUGUGAUAGUUUUCUCUCACACUUUAGUAAUCAAAUCAUAAUCCAAGAUAAUUAUAAAUACAGUAUUUAACCUCAUUAAAACACGAAAAAUGUUUAUUAAGUGUUUACCAGUUCUUAGAGUUAACAUCAGGUACUUAUCCACACAAAAGUACAGAGAGAUGAUCAAAGUUCAAAUAAAACAAGGAACACUUGCUGGAUUUCAGAAAUUAUUGCCCAAUGGAAAACCAUUUAAUAGUUUUCAAGGUAUACCAUAUGCAAAGCCACCAGUUGGAACACUUAGAUUUAAGUCACCUGUGGCGCUUGAAAAAUUUGAAGUACAAGAAUUGGAUUGUUCUAAAGAACGCGACAUAUCACAUCAUCGGGAUCCUUUUCUUCAAAAAAUUGUUGGUUCAGAAAACUGUCUCCAUUUAAAUGUCUAUGCGCCUCAAUCAGCUAAUGAAAAACAGUUACCAGUUAUGGUUUGGAUACAUGGUGGUGGCUUCUGGUUUGGUAGUGGAAACAGUGAUUUUUUCUAUCCAUUGAAAUUAAUGGAACAUGAUGUUAUUGUUGUCACAAUUAAUUACCGUUUAGGAGCAUUGGGAUUCUUAAGUUUACCCGAGGAAGGCAUCUACGGUAAUGCUGGAUUAAAAGAUCAACGUCUUGCUUUGCAAUGGGUACAGGAGAAUAUUGCAAAAUUCAAUGGUGAUCCAAAUAAUGUAACUAUAUUUGGUGAAAGUGCAGGAGCAGCUUCUGUUCAUAUGCAUUCUUAUGCCGAUCAUGCAAAUAAAUACUUUCACAAAAUUAUAAUGCAAAGUGGUACUGCUAAUAUGGAAUGGUCAUUUCAAUUAAAUCCGGGCUAUAAAACCCGACAAUUAGCUAAGUUAUUAGGUUGUGAGUCGAAUAAAACAAGUGAUAUACUAGCAUUUUUGCAAUCAAAUGCAGUGACUGCUGAUAGAAUAUUAGCUUGCACACUUGGCGUACUAACAGAAGAUGAACGGCGGCGUGGUCUUCCAUUACCCUUCAAGCCAGUAGUUGAAGAUAAAAAUAGUCCUGACAUAUUUAUCAAAAAACCUAUAUUAAAAAGCUUACAGGAAAUGAAUGUAGUGAAGGUUCCAACUAUAAUGGGCUAUAAUUCUGCCGAAGGUUUAGCUAUGUUAGUUAAUGCAUUACGUAAAUUAAAUGCUAUAGAAAAUGACUUAGAACGGUUUGUACCACGUGAUAUACCAUUGCAAGUAUAUACUCCUGGUAUUAAAGCCAUUGCUAAGGACAUGCGAGAUUUUUAUUUUAAAGGUGGGAUUAUAAAUGAAAAAUCCUUAAAUGAACUCACUAAUGUAUUGAGUGAUUAUCACUUUGUUGUUGACAUGCAGCGUGCUGCAGAGUGUCAAGCUCGUUAUCAAUCGAAUGCACCAUUAUUUUUUUAUCGCUUUAAUUAUGUUGGUGACCACAAUAUGUACAAACGAAUAUUCCAAUUUGAAGCACUUAAUGGAGCUUGUCAUGGCGAUGAAUUAUGUUAUAUGUUCCAAACAGCUGGUGAUAAAGCAACUUUAGCACCGGAUGAUGAAAUAUUUGCCAAUAAGUUGUGUCAGCUUUGGACAAAUUUUGCAAAAUAUGGAAAACCAACUACUGAUGACGCAAUCAACUGGAAACCAGUGACAUGUCCCAAAACGGAAAAUAGUGAAUUCGAAUUAGAUUACUUGUCUAUUGAUAAACAAUUUGAAAUGAAAAAAAAUCCUGAAGAAAACCGUAUGAAUUUCUGGCGCAAAAUCUAUCAAAAUUAUAAUAGAAUCGAUUAUUCUAGGCUUAGCGCUAAACUUUAAUAUCAAAUUAAAGUGAAUAAGAAAAG